UAGCAGCAUUUCUCACGGUUUUACGGUUACCUAGGUCUUCUUUAAGUAGGCUAUGUAACGAUAACUUGCAUUUAAACAUUUGGUAUGAGUUAUUCAACCCUCCUAAAAAGUAUCUCCCGGUCUUUACGUAACAGAAACUCAAAGUCGUGAUACUGACCGGACUCUUCCUUGUAUGUCACAAACUGACAUAAACUUGCCAUAAGCCGAACCUUUUUUAGUUAAUAAACGUAAAAUAUUUUAGCCUAUUGGCUCAGUAAACAUUGCCUAAACCUAGCUACAAGCGCGACGCGACGCAUAUAGAACGCUUCCUACACACUCGCUUGUAGCGUUGACAACUUCAGCAUUCGAGUAUCUCGCGUCGCGUCGGUAGUAGUGUACAUGUGGCAUUACUGUGCUUCUAAUAGGAUUCCGGUUUAAUCUCUUCGCGUGGCGUAAAUCAGGUGCGCUUGUCAGUUUAGUUUGCUCGGUUAUUGUUGUCACUUUGUUGUGUUCAGCCCUCUUUAGUUGGCUUAUUGCACGCUGAUGUUGUAGGCGGGGUUCAUAGCUCAUAUUAUCUGUUCAUAAGGCGUGUUCUUUGUCCGCGCCUGGGUUGGAGUGUAUAAUAGUAACGCGUAUGGGGAAACUGAAGUUCACAGCUUGAGCUGACUGUUUCCGGAGAGCGUGUGUUCAAAUUAUAUCACGACAGAUUUACACUUCGAGUGAAGACAAUGGCAGAGAAGAAUGGAAAACCAGCAUUUGAUAAACCUAAGAUUGAGCUACAUGUGCAUCUUGAUGGUGCUAUUCGAAUAAAGACCAUUGUAGAAGUAGCAAAGAGGCGGGGAAUCACUCUACCUGCGAAUGGCGAGGAUGAAAUGAGAGACCUGGUCAUAAUGCAUGAGCCGACCACACUCACAGAAUUCCUUGGCAAGUUCGAUCACUACAUGCAUGCCAUUGCAGGGGACAGAGAGGCCAUCAAGAGGAUAGCUUACGAGUUUGUUGAGACAAAGGCCGAAGAGGGAGUGAUCUAUGUUGAAGCCAGAUACAGCCCUCAUCUGCUGGCCAACAAGGGAGUGGAUCCUCUUCCUUGGGACCAAAAACCAGGAGACAUCACUCCCGAUGACGUGGUGGACCUGGUGAACCAGGGGUUCAAAGAGGGAGAGAAGGCCUUCAAAACCAAAGUCAGGUCCAUUCUGUGCUGCAUGCGUCACAGGCCAAACUGGUCUAUGGACGUAGUUGAGCUGUGUAAAAAGUAUCAUAAAGAUGGUGUUGUGGCAAUAGACCUAGCAGGAGAUGAAUCCCUGAUCUGCGAGUCACACUCAGGACACAAGAGAGCAUUUGAGGAAGCCGUCAGAAGUGAGGUGCACAGAACAGUGCACGCAGGAGAAGUGGGCCCUGCCAGUGUAGUGAAGGAGGCUGUGGAAGUUCUGAAAGCAGAACGCAUUGGACAUGGAUACCACACGCUUGAAGAUCAAGCCCUGUAUAAACGACUGCUCCACCAAAACAUGCAUUUUGAGAUUUGUCCUGUCUCUAGCAGACUGACAGGAGCCUGUGACCCAGACUUCACUAAACACCCUCUCAUCACAUUCAAGAAGGACAAAGCUAACUACUCCUUAAAUACAGAUGACCCUACCAUCUUCAACUCCACCUUGAUCUCAGACUACCAGGUGGUGCAGAAAUACAUGGAUUUCACUGAAGAGGAGUUCAAGAGACUGAAUAUAAAUGCAGCCAAGUCCUGCUUUCUUCCUGCGAAGGAGAAAAAGGAGCUUCUUGAACAACUCUAUGAGGCCUAUGGCAUGCUGGAAAAAACAGGCUUUUGAGCUCAGUACUGUUAUAAACAAGUAUGCAGCAAGCAGAGCCUUUCGGGACAUUUGCCUUCUCACACAUGAUUGUGGAUCCUGAUUCCUUGAAGCUGGAGAACUCGCACACACAUUUCUCAGUGAAAGUUUUACACAAAAACAAUAAAGACCAUACAUAAAAACCUCUAACUUUAGAAGUUAACAUGCUGUUCAUUAAAAUAAAUGUCAUUUAUAUUUCAUUAACCACUGUUACGGCAUGCUGGAUUUGACCAAAUGCUGUUGCCUUUCAUCUACAUGGACAUUUUUACAAGUAAUAUCUAUAGCCUAAACAUGAAAUAUUGGUCUUACGGUAUUUCAUAUUUACUCAAGCCUAUGUCACUAUACUUUAUGCUCUUCUCAAUAUACACACAGAAUAUGAUCAUAAUGUAAUAAAGAAAACAAUCUUUAUAUAAAGCAUGUUAAGCUGUAUAACGUGAAAGGUGCUGUGAGAAUGAAAUCAAAUAGUACCUCAGCUGUAUUCAACAAUUUUACAAUGGCAAUAAUUUGUAAAUCCAAAACAUUAAAGGGUCAUUCCACCGAAUGGGUGCCAUUUCUGUCCCCAGGACAUGAUAGGUACAAACAUGCAUAAAAAUUAACUAUAAAAUACAUUUUAUUAUUAAGCAAAGUGUCCUGCACAUUAAUCUAACUGCAAAUUUAAAAUAUAUAAAUUAAAACAAUUAUUAAAAACUACCUAAAACACUGAAAAUACAGCAUUUGUACAUGUCCCCAGUGUCUAACGCUACAUUUUAACGUGAAAUAUAAUGUUUAAAAUUAUAUUUAAGAAAUCAUUUUUAUUUAGCAUUUUUGUGUACCUCCAUAUCCCAUCUGUGCUUUAAAUACAUUUAUUUCAAAAUAAAUGUAUAAUAUUUGGGAUAAAAUACACAUUUUAGUCGUGUCCCCAGGUUUUCACUCAGUCCUGUUACCCUAACACAUUCCCCCCUCUAAAAAACUGGGAACAUUCCACAAGACACAUUUUCAACAUAAUAUUGCAACAUCUGGAUCUUCUGAAGGCAAUGAAACGAUCGGAAGCAUGUGGUCUUAUUUUCUUUUCUGUAUAUUUGAUGAUAUUGUAACGGUGGCUGGGAGCGUCAUUAUAAAUAUACUGCCCUGUUACCUAAAUUAUUUCUUAGAUGUUACUUGUUUAUUUUAAAAAUACAAAUCUUUGGUGAAUCACUAUAAUUUGCGGAGUACUCUCAUAAUAUUAGCAUGUACUCCAUGUGGCUAGAUUAUAUGUGUUUGCUCAUUUUAUCCUAAAAUCUCAAUCCUGUUACUCAUAUAUCCUAUACUUGUAUAUAGUAACAGGAGUAAGUAGCGUCAUCAGAUUUAUUAAUGUAAAUAUCAGGCUACAUCCAUAUUAAUCUAGACAAACCAUUGUUCUCAAAGUUUUGGCCUUCUAUCCACACUGAGACAAUUCUUUUGCCCAGAGAAAACUUGGUUGUUCCCGCAUUUUGUGUUUUAUAUUACAUUACUGCAAGUAUGACAGAAAAUGUAUGAUUUCUGUCCUGUGGCAAUUAUGUAUUAGACUCAUAUAUGGAAUGGCGUUUGAGUGUGAGCUAACAAAACAAUAUCCACAGGAAAAACUGAAAAUAUAUUAUUUAAGUUUAUUAUUUUUUCAUUAUUUAUAUCUUAUCUUAUAACUCAUCCUCUACCCCCAAACAUAACCCUAACAAAAACCUCUGCAGACCACUAGAUUUAAAUAGCAACAAUGAUUUGGCCUUUUUUAGCAGCGAGGUCAGCUCACUAGUUGAUGUUCAACACUCUUCACUAUCGGUGCGAGCAUUAAUACCUCACAUGUGUAGUCAAACCUGUAUACUAAUAUAAUGGAUACUCCUUCCUGUUACCCAUUUCAUUGCGGUUUCUAAAUAGUUUUUCUUUAAAAACUAAAGUUAAACCACUAUUUUUUAAAUUAAGUUUGUUCCAUAAUUUAUCCCAUUGUUUAAUAAAUUUCAUCAUAGAAAAUAGCUAAACUUGAGGUUUGAGUCGCCUUUAAAAUGAAAAAACAAAAAAGGGUUUGUGUACUUUAAAAAAACAAACAAAAAAAAAACACCUUGUGUAGAUAAAAAGUGAAGAAUCUUUUUUGACCAUGAAACCAACAAUUUCCUUAAAAUAAACACCUGCCUGAGGGGGAAAUGAAGGAAUUUGUUGACAUUUUUAAACAUGCUUUUUAAAAAGACAUUAGAGUUUUGAUAACAGGACUGAGAAAAAUGCAUCUAUCUUCCAUUUAAAAUAAAAUAAAGUUACCUGAGAUGGACCAAUAAAGAUUUUGAAUAGUUAAACGUGUAUUACUAGACUCAGUCUUUAAAAAAGAUAGAAAAUUAUUAUUAUUAUUUUUUUUUUUUGAAGAGUUUUGGAAGCAAAUGGUACCCAUUCGGGGGAAUGGCCCUAAACUAGAAUAUGAUCUUAUAUUUGGUGCUCAUCUAAUGUAUAUUGUACACGGGUAAGAGCUGAUUAUUAAUAUUAAAGUUAUUAUUAGAUGUUUGAUGAUGAAAUGCUGUGCAAAACCCCUUUAAAUUUUGUCGCUCUUUUAUUCCAACACCAGAGGGCAUUUACCAAAAGACGGUUCAUAUAACUCAGGUUUGGAGUUAAUCAGCCUAGUGAAAAAUAGCUAUUUUUUACAUUUUGUGUUGUAUAGCUUGAACUGCGUAGGAAAACAUACUACUUAAUACAAAAUACUUUUGCAUCUGAAUGGUUGCGUUGUGUGAUUCUUGGCCUGUUUAUGACAAAAAAACAACAAAAAAAAGUUUUUAAUGUUUUAAUUAAUAGCGUCUCAAUUGGUAAAUCGUGGCACUCUGUGACCUGAUGUUUACGAUUUAUACAAGUCUGCUGAUUCACAUAGUCUAACAGAACAGUGCGAUUAAUGUCUGAAAUUAGUGUCUCUCGUUUCAUACAAACGCAACUGGUGCCAUCUUGAGUCUCAAUUAUUAAUUGUAGUAAAAACAAUUAUAAAAAAAGACCUCUGAAGACUUUAAUAAAAAUGUUAUUGUAAUUGA